GCCCGACCCUUUCGACCAGUCUGUCGGCAGUCGUUGAGCGGAGUCCACGUACGAUUCAAAUCGAGUCAACAAAGUACCACGCGUCGUCAUCGGUCGUCGUUUUUCCCUUUUCAGUGUGAUUCAGCUGGAAAACCGCGUAAUUGUGCGCAUUUAGCAAGUGUUUUUUUCUCUCUCUCUGGAAGCCAGUUUCGACGCCCAAAUCUAAGCAAAAAUGUCGAAAACGCUGGAGGAAUCCCCGAACGCGCACAUCAACAAAACGCUCAUCGAGAAGUACAUGAGCCUGCCGAUGCCCGAGGGCAAGAUCCAGGCGACGUACAUCUGGAUCGACGGCACCGGCGAGAACGUCCGCUGCAAGGACCGCACGCUGGACUUUAUCCCGGACAAACCCAGUGACCUUCCCAUCUGGAACUACGAUGGCAGCUCGUGCUACCAGGCCGAAGGCCACAACUCGGACGUGUACCUGCACCCGGUGGCCAUCUAUCGGGACCCGUUCCGUCGGGGUAACAACAUCCUGGUGAUGUGCGAGACGUACCGCUUCGACGGCCGCCCUACCGAAUCCAACAAGCGACGCACGUGCCGCGAGGUUUGUGACCAGGUCGCCGGCGAAAAGCCCUGGUUCGGCAUCGAGCAGGAGUACACCCUGCUGGACAUUGACGGUCGUCCGCUUGGCUGGCCCAAGAACGGGUUCCCGGGACCUCAGGGACCGUACUACUGCGGCGUCGGAGCGGACAAAGUGUACGCUCGGGACAUCGUUGACGCUCACUACCGGGCCUGUCUGUACGCGGGGGUUAAGAUCUGCGGAACUAAUGCGGAGGUGAUGCCAGCCCAGUGGGAGUACCAGGUGGGACCGUGCGAGGGCAUCUCGAUGGGCGAUGACCUGUGGAUGUCGCGGUUCUUGCUGCACCGUAUCGCCGAGGAGUUUGGAAUCGUGGCCACCCUGGACCCGAAGCCGAUGCCCGGUGACUGGAACGGUGCCGGUGCGCACACCAACGUAUCCACGCAGGCAAUGCGCGAGGAGGGCGGUCUGGCCGAGAUCGAGAAGGCCAUCGCCAAGCUGUCAACGUGCCACGAGCGCCACAUCCGGGCGUACGACCCGCGCGGAGGAAAGGACAACGAGCGACGUCUGACCGGAAAGCACGAGACCAGCUCGAUCCACGAUUUUAAUGCCGGAGUUGCCAAUCGUGGAGCUUCCGUGCGAAUUCCGCGAGGCGUCGCCGACGAGGGCAAGGGCUACUUCGAGGACCGUCGGCCCAGCUCCAACUGUGAUCCGUACGUCGUGUGCGAGGCCAUCCUCCGAACGAUCUGCCUGGACGAGUAAGCCAACAGCAUCAACUCACACUCACAAUGAAAGACACGAGUAUAGAACAAAAGAAAAAGCUUCGGUGCAUUCGCUUUGUUUAACAAAGAUUACCUUUUAACUUCCAUUUUCUGUUUCAUGUGUACCGUUUUGUAUUUUUGUUCGAUUGUGCAACUUGUUUCCCGGAGAACUGUUAUGUAUUACAUUAAUAUGCUUUACCCCUAAUAACUCUACCCAAACUGAACCGAUAUUGUUCUUUUAACUAGUGACCAGACCCAAAUGUUUAUUCUGUAGUGGUAGAGAGUCUUUUGUUUAACUUGUUGAAGCAACAAAAUGCACACCGUUUAGUAUUAAGUGACCAAAAACCAUAUCGACACGAAUAAAAACAAUCUUGUUGUAAAAAUAA